AUGAUCAACUCCUGCUAUACAUGUCGUCGCCGACACGUCCAAUGCGACCGGUCCAAAGUCCCCUGCGCCAAAUGCGAGAAAGCUGGGCUCGAAUGCACCGACAAGCGACCGCUGCGAUGGGUAAAGGGUAUGGCCAUACGAGGCAAUCUGCAGGGUAUGUCGGUGGAGGAUGCUUCGAAAGCUGUGGCUAGGGGUGAUAGGGUGCCUGUGGGGCUAGGAGAUACUGCUGUGGGGAGCUUGGAUCGGACGUCGAGGUUUUAUUUGGAUUAUUAUAACGAUCGAAUAUGCAAGCUGUUUAUUGUCUAUGACAGCAACAAAAACCCUUUUCGGAGUCUGAUAUCACUGGCUGUGAAUGACAAGACCCUGCUCAAAGCUGUUCUGGCCCUGGCGGCGCAGCACAAAGCCAACACGGGUUACUCUGAUCAAUCUGAACAAUCACCUUCGAGUCUCACGACCUCUCACCGGGAUGCUCUGGCAUUUAAGCAUCAGGCAAUCCAGGGAUUGUCCCAGGCGGUGCAGGAUGUCGCACUGUGCAGACAAGAUACGACCCUGGCCAGCAUCUUCCUUUUGAUUUUCUUGGACCUGCUUGAGUCUGGGAGUGAUCGGUGGAAUGUUCACCUUGAAGGCGCAAAGAGUCUAAUUUCGCUUAACCAUCCAUUCGGAAACGAUAAUCCUGGCCAGACGGUACAGGAGAUACGCAACUUCGUUGCCAAGCAGAUCUAUUCGAUCGAAACGCUCGGAGCGACGUUUGUACGUCCUAAGCUACUCUCCCAGUUCGCACCACCAGGGAUGCUCCCCCAAGACACUGUAGAACAGUCCUUCCUCGGAUGUCCCGAAUACCUCCUUCAUGCCAUCCAAUGUAUCUCACACCAGCGAGACGUCAUAGCCGGUCUAGAUACGAAUACGCUGGACAACGUACCCAUCGAGAUCCCCAUCCAGAAUCUCACGACCGUACUCGACUCCAUCCAACAAUUCGACUGCUAUCUCUGGGCCUCAACGCUCCCCCAUCAAUCCCAAGUCCAUGACAUCAACAAACUUUGCAUCCUCUCUCAAGCCUACAAACUCGGAGCCCUCCUCUACGGACAACGCGUACUCGACGCACUAACAAACCAAACCACUGCACAAGAUGACCUGCUAUACGAACUAAUUGGCGUAAUCGACUCCCUACGCAGCGACUAUUCCUUAUUCAAAUGUAUCCUAUGGCCGAUUUGCAUUGCGGCGCUGGAAAGUUCGUGGCCAGCACAGCGGGAGUUCCUCACGGCUUGUUUGGAUAAGUUUUGGCAGGACACAAUGUGUUUGAAUGCGGUGAACGCCGGGAAGAUUGUACGGCAGUAUUGGCAGUGGGCAGAUGGACAGGGUCAAGAGUCGAGGUGGAUUUUUCACAUAGGGUUUUUGGGAGGGGAUUGGCUUCUUAUAUAG